GAAAACCUAACCUAGAAACAGUGACAGUGACGUGUAAAAGAUUUUAAAUAUUUGGGCUAAAGGGGCACCUGUGAAAAUGAUUGAUUUAUUUACUAUUUUUAGCAAGGGAGGCAUUGUUUUAUGGUGCUUUCAAAGUACAAGUAAUAUCUUCACCACCUCCGUAAAUUCAUUAAUACAGAGUGUUAUAUUACAGGAAAAAACAAUCAAUACAUUCGAAGAUAAUGGAGCUAUUUUACAGUAUAAGUUAGACAAUGAAUUUGAUUUAGUGUUUAUAGUGGCUUAUCAAAAAAUAUUGCAGUUAUCAUAUGUUGACAAGUUUUUAAGCGACAUACAUUUAGAGUUUCGAGAUAAAUAUAAAAAUGAAUUAUCCAACCGUAGCUUCUUCCAAAAUUUUGAAUUUUCAAAAAAUUAUGAAUACGUGCUUCGGAAGUCAGAGGAAUGGGCUAAAGUACAAUCUAAACUUCCUAAACAGAUGAGAACCUUUGAGGAAUCUGCAAAAUCCAAAAAAACUGUGGCUUCAAUGAUAGAAAAAAAGAAUGAAGAUAAACCGGUUAAAAAGGAAAAAAAGAAAGAAGUUAAUUUUGUUGAUGAAAGUUUAGAAGUCAAGGAAUUACUAUCCAAUUCACAAAAUGGGGUUACCGAAGAUAUAAUCGCAGUGAACAGAGCUAAAUUUGCCCAAAAAAUGGCACAGAAGAAGAAAGAUGGCAAAAAAAGUCCAAAAAGUCCUAAAAGCCCCACACAGGAAAAAGCGGGGAAGAAACCAAGAGUAUGGGACUUAGGAGGUACAACAAAAGACUUGCAGAAUUUAGAAAGGACUGUAGAUAGACCAGAAGAUGCUAAAAGUCAUUAUACAGCUGACACUGAAAUAGUUGGGUCAAUGGAAGGUGGAAUAAAAGAUUUGGAAGUAGAAUCUUCAGAUGAGGAAUUCGAGGAAGAGGUUGAGAGAGAAGAAAUUAAAAAACCGACUUCUAAAGGGGGCAUGUUCUCAAUCUUUAAAGGCCUUGUUGGUUCUAAGAAUUUGACGGCUUCUGAUAUGCAACCAGCUUUGGAAAAGAUGCGGGAUCAUUUAAUUGCAAAAAAUGUUGCCUCAGAUAUUGCAGUAAAACUAUGUGACUCAGUAGCGACCAAGCUUGAAGGAAAAGUUUUAGGCACAUUUGAUUCAGUUGCCACGAUUGUUAAAAGUACUUUGACAGACUCUUUAGUUCAAAUACUGAGUCCCAAUAGAAGAGUUGAUAUAUUGAGAGAUUGUUUAGAAUCAAAGAAAAAUGGUACACCAUAUGUUAUGACAUUUUGUGGUGUAAGGCUGGUGCCGUAGAGCAACUUCGUACUCACAUGAGACACUUGAACGCCUUGCAUCCACCGGAACGACAUGCAGGACGACAAAUGGUUCAAUUAUAUGAAAAAGGUUAUGGGAAAGAUGCAGCAGGUAUUGCAAUGGAAGCCAUAAGAUAUGCAAGAGAUUGUAAAAUGGAUGUAGUACUUAUCGACACUGCCGGUAGAAUGCAAGUAAGUUUAUUAUUUACUACUACUAUAAAAACCUUACUAAAAGUAAACGAACCGGAUUUGGUUCUUUUUGUUGGUGAAGCACUCGUUGGAAAUGAAGCCGUUGAUCAACUGGUAAAAUUCAACCAAGCUUUAGCUGAUUAUUCUUCAACCACCAACCCCCAUUUAAUUGAUGGAAUUGUUUUGACAAAGUUCGAUACUAUUGAUGACAAGGUAGGGGCAGCAAUAUCGAUGACCUACAUUACAGGGCAACCAAUAGUUUUUGUCGGGACUGGGCAGACCUAUACCGAUCUGAAAGCAUUAAAUGUUAAAGCGGUUGUACACUCCUUAAUGAAAUGAAAUUGCGCCUAGAAAUGUAAUUAAUAAUGUAAAAUACAAAUCGCGCCUAUAAUUCUAAUUACUAAGAAUGUUCAACAGAUUCUAUUUCAAAACUAUUUACUUUCAUCCAACUUAUUGUUAUGAUGUAUAUUUUAAAUCUAAUUUAUAAUUUAUACAGGUGUUGUUUUUGUUACUUAUUUUUUUAUUUAAAGAAAUAAAUAUUUUUU